AUGGCUACCAACGGCGAUUUUUCAGAUGACGAGUCCCAGCCCGGCUCCCCCAUUAUUGAUGCCAACGGCCACGAUGACAUUGAAGACCAAGAGCCUCUCGACCAAGAGGAGAAGCCCCUCAAGUCAGCGCUGAAGAAGUCGGAUUCCAUAACCCCCGCUUCCCAGCCAAAACGACCCGAGCUCCCAGAACAGCCCGAUCCAGAGACCAUCGACCUAUCUACAUUAACUCCUCUGUCGCCCGAAAUUAUCGCCCGCCAGGCCACUAUCAACAUCGGUACGAUCGGACACGUCGCUCACGGAAAGUCAACGGUGGUGAAGGCUAUCUCGGAGGUUCAGACUGUCCGAUUCAAGAAUGAGCUGGAGCGGAACAUUACGAUCAAGCUGGGUUACGCCAACGCAAAAAUCUACAAGUGCGACAACCCCGCCUGCCCUCGGCCGACAUGCUUCAAGAGUUAUAAGAGUGAGAAAGAGGUUGACCCGCCCUGUGAGCGAGAUGGAUGCUCCGGCCACUAUCGCCUUUUGAGACACGUCUCGUAUGUUAUCUGGUCCUUCUGUUCAAUUUUCUUUUACUGA